CGAGCUGAGCGAGCGAGCGCGGCCCGGGCGAGCCGCGCAGCCUCCGCCGUCCCCAGCGCGGCAACAUCUCAGUCGCCCUCUUCACCAGCGCCACUUCGCCUCCUCAGCUCUCCUCUCCGCUCUGAAUCCUCCUCGUGGGAGCACCGCUGGACAGACGGAAGAGCGAGCGGCUGGACGUGGAGCAGGUGAUUUGCAUUUAGGUAACGCUCGCAAGAAAACGGCCGAGUGACACGGGACAUCCAUCAUAAUGGAACAGGGUUACUCGCGCGAGGCCUACGACAGGCACGUGCGUAGCCAGGACCGCUCGGUGGUGAACAAGGUGCAGCAGAAGUUCUGGAGGACGAAGCAAGUGCUCAUCCGCGCCACGGGCAAGAAGGAGGACGCGCACGUGGUGGCCGGAGAUGCAGCUCUCGACUCCAAGCUCGGGGUCUUCCACUCCAUACAGAGGACUUGUUUUGACCUCCUGAAGGUGGUGGAGCGCUACCAGAAGAGGCUGUGUGCUCUGUCCCAGGAGGAGAAUGAGAUGGGCCGAUUCCUCAAGCAGCAGGGGAACCAGGACAAGACACGAGCCGGGAAGAUCAUGCACGCCACUGGAAAGAACCUCUGCUACUCCUCCCAGCUGAGGCUGAGCCUGCGCCACCCGCUGUCGCGGCUCUACCAGGACGUGCACACGUUCCGCUGCCGCGCCGUGGCCGACACAUGGCUCACGAUGCAGCGCAUGGAGGAGGCGCGCACCGAGUACCGCGGGGCGCUGCUCUGGAUGAAGGAUGUCUCGCAGGAGCUCGACCCCGACACCUACAAACAGCUCGAGAAGUUCCGGCAGGUGCAGGGGGAGGUGCGAGCGAGCAAGAUGCGCUUCGACAAGCUCACCAACGACGUGUGCCAGAAGGUGGACCUGCUGGGGGCGAGCCGCUGUAACCUGCUCUCCUCAACGCUCACCGCCUACCAGAGUGCACUUCUGCAGUUCUGGGAGAAGACGGCCUCCAUGAUGUCUGCGGUACAAGACUGCUUCAAGGGAUACCAGCCGUACGAGUUCACCACCCUCAAGAGCUUGCAGGACCCAAUGAAGAAGUUGUCUGAGAAUCCGACAGAGGAAGAUGCGGACAAGAGAGAGGACAAGGAGGGCGAUGGCCAGGACAUUGACACGCUGGUUUCUCUCGACGAGGGAGGUCUUGCCGAAAGUGCCGGCGGCCAAGAAGAGGGUGGAUACUCGGGCAUGACUUCGGAGCAGAUGGGACAUGCCAAUGCAGUGCUGCUGGCCGAGCUGGGCAACAGUGACAUGCUGGAUUUGCUGGCGGAGCUGGGAGAAGUGGCGGAGGGCGAGGACGGCGAGAAGGACGACCUGGCGCUGCUCAACGAGAUCAUGAAUGCCCCGUCCGACGCCGACUUCGGCUCGGCAUGGCAGGCGGUGUUCGGGGGCGAGCUGUCCCAGUGGCCCAUGCCGUCGCCUGCCGAGCCGCCCCAAAGCGGGGAAGGCGAUGACGGCUGCGGUGGCGGCGGUGGUGGCGAUAACCUGAUGUCGUUGGCGCCCGGCCUGCCAGGCCAGGUCACCGGCACGGCUGGCUUGACCUCUCUCCUCCCGGCUCAAACGAUGGACCCAUCAGGCGCCGGCGGGGGUUUCCUGCCAUCGGAGCUCCUCGACAUGAACUACAGCCGCUCUGUCUCCGGGGCAGGCUGGGACGCGCUGCGACACGAGCAAAUGGGCCCUGGCACCGAACUCAACGUUCCUCUCGCACCACCGGCGGCCCCACCGGGGCACCCGCAGCCAAAAAAAGGUGAGAAGCCCGCGGCGCGAGACAUGUCGGCCUGGUUCAGCCUCUUCGCCGACCUCGACCCCCUCGGGAACCCCGAUGCCGUGGGGCGCACGGACUCGGACCACGAGCUGCUCAACGCCUAAAUCUCCCUGUUGCCAAAACCCCCGCUCCCUCCCUCCUUUUCCCUCUCCGCCGUUGUGGGGGAUGGCUGGGGGUGGAGACGGAAGGGCGGAGGGGAGCAACCGCAGACUAUGCCGCUGUCUCCUCCUUCGGGGAGAGCCUCAUUGUGACCUCUGGGACCGCAGUGCGGUGCUCAUCUCACCGUGGUUACUCGGAGGGCGAGAGUUUGCGGUUGUGGGGGACCAUAGAUGGAGUUCUCGCGGCCGUUGAGGGGGCCGGGUGCCGUUAUUGUCCUGGGAUCUGUUGGGGUCAAAGAUUCAAGUCGGUUUUGGUUGUGUUUAUAUUUUAUUGGACCAACUAUAUUGUAGCGUACGGUGCCUUUAGUUUUUCGACUUGGUCCCACGACGGAAUGUGAUAAUCAUCUUCUAGAGGUAGAGGAUUGCGUGUAAGCCGGAGCACUUGCUUCUGAAGGUCGCGAUCACUGGUUAACCUAAACGCGGGUACCCGAGCUCAACCAACGCCGGCACGCGAUUGGAGCGCGGGCCGGCGUUGGUUAAAACGCUCCUUGGUGUUCACGCUACUGUUUUAUAACACUGCACGUUGCUUUCAGAAUGAUGCACACCGAGUGGCAACGACGCCACCACCCUUUUAACGGUGCCUGAACCGGGCACUCAAGUUUUAGAUAAGGACAUUUAGAUGGAACUUUAUUACAAGCAGAUGGGUGAUAUUUGGGGUUGUUUUUUUGAGGGUCUCGAUCAGAACUUCUGAUGGGACCUCCGGCCACUGUAUUUUAUUGGUUAUAUUUGAAUUGUUGCUUCUUUGGCAACUCAAAUAAGAAAGGCACCGAGUUGCUGUUUGGUUCAUCAUCUGUAUUUGUGCAUCACUCCUGGGGCCUUCUCGGCCCAAGGCUCCCGAAGGCCGCAGGUUUUCGCUGACGUUGAAGGCAGCGUCUCAUCGUAAAUCGCACCGCUCUCUUGUGUUGCAGAGAUUACUUGUGCGCAGAACAGCGACAUCCCCUCUCGGCGUGUUUUGCUCAUUAUGCCAAAGUGUUCAUUUGAAGUGAGAUGUGUUCGUUAUUUGCGACGCUGCUGCUGCUGCUGCGGUGUAAUGCUUGGCACGCUGGACUUGCAAUCCAGAGGUCGCCGGUUCAAUCUCCCGGCACGGCAGUUGACACACCGGUGCAGUUUUUAGAAUCGCCCACCGCCUCUGUCCACCCAGCAGUAUCAAUGGGUCAACUGUUUUAAGACAAUCGGCGGGUCGCGUUCGGUGGGGUAAAGUGUGGGUACUCCCACUUUUUUUUAAGACGUCUGACCAGCGUUAAACGACAGGCCAGAUACUGUACCCUCUGGAGGGGCUCUCGAAAGCUCCCCCUGGUGUCGGCCCUUCCGCCAGCAGUGGCGUUAGCGAACACUUGCAGGGCUGCGCCUACAUCCUAAUUCGUAGGAGUGGAUUCUACUUGCCGGUUCUUCAUCGCAAUCAUAAUAGCCUAUCACCUGGAAAAUAAUGGUUGUACUUCCAUUCAAGUACUUGUUAGAAAUGUUGCGGUUAUACAAUGGUCGACGAAGUGUAAUUAUUUUAACUCUGUCGGCACUAUUUGGGGGUCACCGUGAGCCCGCUUUACACUGUAACCUAAGUCGGAUUUUAGUUUUGCUUAAAAUUCCACGAUGGAAGGGCUUUUGCUAUUUUUACAACUGGAAAAUGUCACUUUGCAUUUUACAUAUGGGCGUUCGGGUGAUACUCUAAAGUUAAAACCUCAUGUAAAGGGACGUCUUGACAACUCAAUUGGGGGGGGGGGGGACAUGGGAGCGGGAGGGGGGGCUGCGUUCAGUGACGCGACCUUCACUUUUUUUACCGAACGUUCCGCGUGUCUCCCGCGCACGUGCCAUUUAAUUUAAAUACCUCCCGACGCGGUUUGUUCUUUCUUCCCCCCCGUAUUGUGGAACGAAAAUAAUAAUAAUGAUAAUAAUUCCGUGGCCUUAGGAGAGAGGAAAAAAAAACAAAGCAUGUCUCUUUUUUUUAACGAACCUCCCCUCUGAGUUUCAUGUGUGCACGAUGCCAGCCCUAGUUCUUGUGCCAAGUGAUGCGUUGGGCACAGUGGCUGUUUGCCUGCCACAUCGCUGCCGUGCCGACGGCUCGUCCUUCUCGCUACUCCGUGUUUCGUUGUCUUGGAGAUGCUCGUCGAAUAAAGCGCUUGGAAUGGGUGUGUGUCAA